AUGGAAUUUGCAUCAGGGGCUGCGGUGGACGAGCAGAAGCCGUCGCUGUUCGAGCUGCUCUCGGAGCAGCAGCUGAACGGGCUUCUGCCGCCGACGCUGCGUUACCUGCUGACGGUGGCGACGCAGCGAUACCCACGGUACCUGCUGCGGGCGCUCAACUCGUUUGAUGAGCUGUACGCGGUGGCGAUGCUGGUAGUGGAGCACUACUAUCUGCGAACACGCGGCGGCACAUUUACGGAGCACUUUUACGGCCUGAAGCGGGAGCGAGCAGUGGAAGGCGGCGAUGGGACGGUGCUGCGAGCAGCGGCCGGGGCGCCGUCUGUGGUGCGGGAAGUGCUGCAGCUGGGCAGCUCUUCGGCCGCGAAGACGGCAAUGUCGGGAGACCUGUGGCGAAACCUAGCCGUUCUGGUGGGCGUGCCGUACAUCAAGCGCAAGCUGGACGAGGCGUACGAGGUGGACGCGCCUCGGGCGCGGUUGGGCGUGGCAUACCAGCAGCUGCCGACCAACGCGACGAUGCGUGAGCGGCUGCGACACGCGGCGCGCUGGUUUCUGCGCAACGUGUAUCCGAGCGUGCAUGCGGCCUACGGCUUUGCCACGCUGGCGUUCCAGUUGGCGUACCUGUUUGACGGCACGCCGUACGCGAGUCCGCUGCUGUGGUUGGCACGCACGCGUGUGCGGCGCAUGACCGGGGCUGACUACCGGGCCAUUGACGAGAUGGAGAGCGGGAAGUCGGCGACGGCAUCUGCGUCGUCGGCGAGUGCUCGCCUGCUCUCGGGGCUGUCGCUGGUGUUGCCGACGAGCAUCUUUGCGCUCAAGUUCCUUGAGUGGUGGCACGCGUCCGACUUUGCCAAGCAGUUGUCGCUCAAAGCAGCAGCCAGCCUGGACCUGCCGGCACCCAUGGCGACCGGUCUUGUAGCAGCCGACGGCCAGAGAAGGAGCAGCAGCAGCGGCGGUGGCAGUGCCAGCAGUAGCAGCAGCAACGGCGCCGGGGCGGCUGGGCGCAAGGGGAUUCUCAAGAAAGAGUCGCGGCUGGCGCCACAGGACUCGAGCGAGCACGAGACCGAAGCUGACGAUGAGGAAUACUUGGCACGCACGGCGCCGAUUGCGAAGCCGUCGCUGCUGCCCAUAUUCACGGUGGCGGUGCCGACGGACUCGAGGCUGUGUCCGAUCUGCGGCGACACAAUUACGACGCCGACGGCCUGCCAGACGGGCGUGGUGUACUGCUACAUCUGCAUCCACAAAUGGGUGUCCGGCCAGCACGACAAACAGGAGGCCUUUGUGGCCGAUAAGGCCGGCCGGUGGGAAAGCGGUGUUGGCCGGUGCGCAGUGACGGGACGGCGCAUUUUGGGAGGGACCGAAGGGCUACGGCGGCUGAUGGUAUGA